AUGCAAGGAAAAACAAGAUCAGUUUGCAAACAGAAAUCCCUGACUACUUCAACAUGCAAGGAAAAAUCAGAUCAUGUGAAGCAUGCAAGGAAAAACCAUAUCAGUUUGCAACACAGAUCGUUUAGUAUAGGAGUUAUACUUAUAGGUUGCUCCACAGCCAAGCUGACCAGAAGAUUACUCAGCCACACUGAAGCCCUUCCUCUAACCUUGUUUGAUUUACUCUGGCUCAGAUUUUCACCCGUCCAACGCCUUUUCUUCUAUGAAAUCUCAAACUCUGAAACCACCACACUCUUUUCAAAACUCAAAGCCUCGCUCUCCAUCGCCCUCCAACACUUCCGACCUUUAGCAGGAAACAUCACUUGGCCCCAACACUCCCCUAAACCAGUUCUCACUUAUGUCCAAGGGGACGCCGUUUCGCUCACCAUUGCCGAGUCUCAUGCUGAUUUCCAUCAUCUUUCAAGUCGUAGCAACUUUGUUGAGGCCAAAGAGUACCAUCCUCUCGUACCCCAAUUGCCAACAUCUCACGAAAAGGCCGCAGCCGUGGCGUUCCAAGUCACCGUCUUCCCCAGUGGCAACGGCUUCUCCAUUGGAACAUCCAUGCACCAUGCCAUCCUAGACGGCAAGUCUUCAACCAUGUUUGUGAAAUCAUGGGCUCACAUUUGCAAACAUCUUGGUGAUGAUCCAUCUGGUUCAUCUCUACCAGAUCAGCUGAAACCAUUUUUUGACAGAAGGGUGGUCCAAGACCCGGCCGGGCUCGAACCAAUCUUCUUGAACCAACUUCAGAAUCUGGACGGACCCAACAACAGGAGCUUGAUGGUUACCCAGUUUAAAUCUCCACCAUCAGAUGCGGUUCGCGGCAUCUUUGUAAUCACACGACCGGAAAUAGAAGCAAUGAAGCAAUGGGUUUCGACCAAAAUGGCAGAGAUGAUCAAGAAUGAAAAACAAUCUGAUCAUCAUCCUCAUUUGUCAACAUUUUCUGUAACAUGUGCUUAUACAUGGGUUUGCUUAGCCAAGGCAGAGGAAAAGCAGAGCGAUAAGCCAGUUUUGAUGGCCUUCACUCUGGACUGCAGGUCUCGCUUUGACCCUCCCCUACUUGCGAACUACUUUGGGAACUGCAUAGCGGGCCGUGCAGUAGUUGCAGAUAGAAAAGGGCUUCUAGGAGAAGAUGGGUUGACCGUGGCGGUCAACGAAAUCAGUGAAGCUAUAAAAAGUGCGGACAGUGAUGGGAUUUUGAAUGGGGCAGAGACUUGGGUUCCAAAACUUUACACUGCUGUGGGCAGUGAAGAGAGAUUUAUGGGUGUUGCUGGUUCACCAAGGUUUGGGAUUUAUGAUACAGAUUUUGGAUGGGGAAGGCCAAGCAAGGUGGAGGUGGUUUCUAUCGAAGAGACAGGAGCCAUGUCCCUGGCAGAGUCUAGGGAUGGUAUUGCUGGAGAUGUUGAGGUUGGUUUGGUUUUGGAAAAACAUGAUAUGCAAGCUUUUGCUUUUGUGUUUACUAAAGGGUUUCAAGACCUUUGA